AUGAGCUCGCAAUCCGCAGAUUCGUCGGAGCCUCCGUCCAUAUCCACGUCUACAUCUUCUAAUAGUAACAGAGUACCGGGAACAGCCCGAGCCCGCAACUCGACUAGUCUGGAACAGUUGUUGGAUUCCAGUGAUCCGUUCUUUGGACUCUCGUUCAAAGUUGGAGUCGCCGAAAACAAAAAUACAACCUUCAGAAACAGAAUGGAAGAUGUCCAUACCUAUAUUGCAAACUUUGCCGAACGUGUCGAUUGGGGCUACUUUGCCAUUUUUGACGGCCAUGCCGGCAAAGGAACUGCCAGAUGGUGUGGAAACAAUUUGCACACCUUGCUAGAAAACGAGAUCGAUAGCCAUGACGACAAUGCAGCUCCCUUGCUGGGCCGUUUUGACUUGAAAGACAAUCUUUGUAAUGCAUUCGUAAAAGCUGACGAGUUGAUAGAAAAGGAAGGCGCAGGCUCUUCUGGCAGCACUGCAGCAGUAGCAGUACUUCGUUGGGAAACUCCAUCAGCCGAAAGUAAAUCUGAAAGCAAAUCUGCAACUAGCACAUCGGAAAACUCUACUUCCAAUACUCUUAAUCCGCCAAUCAGUUUUGACUUCGUACCGGCAUUUAACCACCGAAGAAUGCUCUAUACGUCUAACGUGGGCGAUCUGAGAAUAGUCUUGUGUCGUGGAGGUAAACCUUACAGACUCUCGUACGACCACAAGGCAAUAGACGUAAACGAAGUAAAUAGAAUUAGACUGUCGGGAGGUUUGGUAAUGAAGAACAGAGUCAACGGUGUUCUUGCUGUUACAAGAUCGCUAGGAGACUCGUAUAUGAAAGAUAUCGUCAUUGGACGACCAUUCACGACUGCUACUGAAAUCACACCUGAAGACGAAUUCUUGAUCAUAGCGUGUGACGGUGUUUGGGAUGUGAUUUCCGACCAGAAAGCUUGUAGAUUUGUCCAAAACUUGUUCGAUAGUGACAGGGAUAAUGCUGAUCCACAGGCUGCUGCAAAGAAAUUGUGCCAAUUGGCAAUCGACAACUCAACCACCGAUAACGUAACUGUCAUGAUAGUAAAGUUUGAUAAGAAUGUGUUCAACCACAGAUUACAAUAG